AUGUCAGUUAAUGCCCCAGAGCUGCCAAGUCAGAUGACACAUAAUCCCAGCAUUAGCCUGGAAUAUACGGCGCUCUUCCUCCUACAUCUGUUUCGUAUUAAAAAUGACCUCUCUCUUUCCGUGUUCAGGCGGAUGUUUCCCGCAAUGAGAGUGAAGAUCUCAGGUUUAGACCCACAUCAGCAGUAUUAUAUUGCUAUGGAUAUUGUGCCAGUGGAUAACAAAAGAUACAGGUAUGUUUAUCAUAGCUCCAAGUGGAUGGUGGCUGGUAAUGCUGACUCCCCGGUACCGCCUCGUGUUUAUAUUCACCCGGAUUCACCUGCCUCCGGGGAGACAUGGAUGAGACAAGUGAUCAGCUUUGACAAACUGAAGCUUACCAAUAAUGAGCUGGACGAUCAAGGGCAUAUUAUCCUUCACUCUAUGCAUAAAUAUCAGCCUCGUGUCCACGUCAUCCGAAAAGACUGUGGAGAUGAUCUGUCCCCCGUCAAGCCUAUCCCUUCAGGAGAAGGGGUGAAAGCCUUCUCUUUUCCAGAGACAGUUUUCACUACUGUCACAGCGUACCAAAAUCAACAGAUAACUCGUCUGAAGAUUGAUAGGAAUCCAUUCGCCAAAGGGUUUAGAGAUUCGGGACGUAACAGAAUGGGGCUGGAAGCUUUGGUAGAGUCUUAUGCCUUCUGGAGACCUUCGCUGAGGACACUUACAUUUGAAGAUAUACCUGGGAUACCCAAACAAGGAAAUGCAGGUUCCUCUACUUUACUCCAGGGAUCUGGCAGUGGAGUGCCAUCUACUCACCCUCACCUUUUACCGGGUUCCCCUUGCUCAUCUCCAGCCUUCCACCUCAGUCCCAACACUAGCCAGCUCUGUAGCCUUGCUCCAGCUGACUACACAGCUUGUGCCCGCUCAGGCUUGACCCUGAACAGAUACAGCACUUCUUUGGCCGAAACCUACAACAGGCUCACAAACCAAACCAGUGAGACGUUUGCACCCCCGAGGACUCCCUCCUAUGUCGGUGUGUCGAGUAGCACAACUGUGAAUAUGUCUAUGAGUGGCAAUGAUGGGGAUGCGUUCAGCUGCCCGCAGACUGGCUUAUCUAUGCAGAUUUCAGGGAUGUCUCCACAGCUCCAGUACAUCAUGCCAUCCCCAUCCAGCAAUGCCUUUACCACUAAUCAAACCCACCAAGGCUCCUACAACACGUUUAGACUGCACAGUCCCUGUGCGCUCUAUGGAUAUAACUUUUCCACAUCCCCUAAACUGGCUGCCAGUCCUGAGAAAAUCGUUUCUUCCCAAGGAAGUUUCUUGGGGUCCUCGCCAAGUGGAACCAUGACGGAUCGGCAGAUGUUGCCCCCCGUGGAAGGAGUGCACUUACUUAGCAGUGGGGGGCAGCAGAAUUUCUUUGACUCUAGGACCCUAGGAAGCUUAACACUCUCGUCUUCUCAAGUGUCUGCACAUAUGGUUUGAUGAAGCCUUUAAGUAAAAGUACAGUAUGUUUGGUGUCUACAAUGUAUUUCUUUUGGAAUAUGAAAGGACACUUGGUGUAGCUUGUAAAGUGUGUGUAUAUAUAAUAUGAGAGGAAGUUUCACUGAAUUUUUGACUUGCUUGUGGCCAGAUUAUUCUCCAAUUUUGAGUUACACAGAGUUUGUUGCGGCGCAGACUGCUUUAGUUUUCUGGUAUAAUACACUUAGUUGUAUAACACGUUGGGACAUAUGCAACAAAUUAAGUAAGACUUCCUCCCCUUUCCCCCUCCUCUGUUCUAACCCCUUUAAAGAAUGAAAUGACACUUGGAGUAUUAAACAACACAAACAAGCCCACUUAUAUUUCCUAUAGUACUAGUGAGUUUCUUUAAAACAUUCGUACAAUGAUAAGCUGAUGCACCAAAGGCAUUUUGCGAGUUUCUUUUCUGUUAUAAGGGAUAUGAAGGGUAUUUGGACUUUUAAGUGUUAAGCAUCAAGCAUCCAGCCUGAAAUAGAAGUUUAGCUAAUGGAUUAUUUACAAAGUAAACGGAAAGAUUAGUUUGCCUUCUCAUGAUAUGCUGUUUUUAGCUUAUCAACGGCACAGCAUUCUUACUAGGAUUUAUUUUUUUCAGCAUUAGUCUAGAUUUAUGUUUAGGUAUUUGAAGACAAAUAAUGCAUAUUCAAAUUGUGGUGACAGGAGUAAUUUAAACCAACAGCAGAAGAAGUAGCAUUCCUUGGUACAGAAUGAACUUUGGGAUGCUUCAUUUUUGUCAAAGGAAGGGCUUGAUGCAUUUUUUUCCUCCAUAAAUAUUGCCUAUAAGACAUUUACUGGACAGUAGGAUAUUCUAAUGUAUCUUUGUUUUUGUAUUUUUACUUUUUUAAAGGAAAAUGCAGGUUUGAUUUAGGGAAAAAAAAAAGUGAGCAGGAUGAGAAAUUCCAUUAUUGGUUUUACCCUUUUGCGUGUGUGUUGUGUUUUGGGUUUGGGUUUGGUUUUUUUUUUUUUAAUAAGGGCAAAAAGUUCUCCAUCCUCAGUAUCUCAUAAAUACAUUGCCUGUAGCAAUUAGGCAGAUGACCCAGUUUGCCCACAAGCGUUGCUGGAAGCAGAACUUUGUCAUAGCUGCCUGCUUGUAACACAGCCAAACUGGGACCAGGAUUACAAUAGGCAAAAUUCCUUUAAUAGUUUACUUUGAAUGCUCCAACAUGACACCUACAGCUUGUGUCCCUCCCUCCAGGGAGCCAUCUGUCUUCAUCUUACUCCUUUCUGUCAUGAGGUUACUGCUGCUCUGUUUCUCAGUCAGUUUUUGCCCUGGAAUUGGAGAGGUUCCCUUCCUUCCCAGCUCUGGUUUUUUUUAACUGGUGCUUGUAAGAACGCAGAACACAACCUGCUCCUGACCAGGCUUCUCCAGAGUGACAAGGACACGGGGAGACACUUGUCGUGGCAAAAAUUCUGCCCUCAUCUGCACCUGCACAGCCCCGGUGCGCAUCAGUCCUGCUGCGAAAGCUGCCUCUCAGCUGCCCGCCUGUCAGAGCUGAACCAUGGAGGUUGUAGAACAGAUUUUAAUGCUUGAGAGAAUGGGUUGUCUUCAGCAGUACACUAAGCCUCCUUUAUAUUGUGCAGGUGAUGUAAAGGCAUUAUAAAGUGAGUACAAAUGUAAUGGAAAAUGCUUCCCUGGUCAGCAUUGAAGGAAAAUAAGGGCUUUCCAAUUUUACGUUUUUCUCUGUUAGAUUUUUCGGUGAAGGUGGAUUGUUGUGUUUCUCAAAAGUUCCUACAUCUUUUCUGGCAAACAGUGGGCUUAACUGCUCCCACUUCAAGAAAGACUCAUUGCAGCUAGUAUUUCUUCAGUGGGUUGGAGAUAAUGCCUGCAGAAACAGCCCUCUUCUAUUCCCAAAUGAUAAGGAGAGAUAGUGAGAGGGCUGUCUUUAAGCCCGUGCCUGGAGAAGGCUUUACUUCUAUUAGUUACACAUUUGUUUAUGUUAACACACGUAGAAAGUUCUCAUUCAAAGCUGGAAAGACAAGAGGAUGAGCCUGCAGUUGAGGAGAUGUGGGUUUGCUUCUUUGCUGUCACAAACUUCCCAAGUGACCUUGGGCAAUUCACUUAGCCUUUCUACAUCUAAUUUUUUUUCUUCUGUAAAAUGUGAUAAUAGCACUUCUCUGCCUCACAGUAAAAGGUGACGGUACAUUAAAGAUGAAGAUCAUCUUUGCAUCUACUGUACUGUGGACAGUACAUUACAGAUGAAUGGCUAGGAAGUGUUCAUAUAUGAGGAUAACAGAGCAUUUGUGUACUUCAGGUCUGUCGCUAGUUUUGGCGUUGCAGUGUCCUUUGAGGCAGACCUCCUAGCAAAGACCUGCAAUGCUAAAAACACUGUUCAAAAACCGCACACUAAGAAUUUGUGAAAUGGUUUUAAGAUGUGUAGAAGAUGGCCAAAUUUUCAGUUGUGUAAAUUGUCAUAGCUCUAUUGGUUUAAAUUAACAAGAAACUUGUGUAUAGUAAUUCCUGCUCUAGCCAAAACUUUGAAAUGUUGCGGUUGGACAAAUCUUUAAAUGGGAAGAAUGAUACAAUUAAUCUGUACUUGAAAAAGGUUAAAGAUAAUUAUUCAUGUCAUCGUGAGGGCUGUGACUAGGUAGAAAUGUGGAACAGCUAAAUCAUGCAUGUUCCUACAAGGGAAAAAAAAAAAGGUUGUGCGCAUGGAUGUUCAUGGAGGUGCUCCUGGCAAGAGUAUGUACUUUAUCGUCUGGGAAUUUUUUAGAACUGGUCUCUUAUUUUUCCUCAAAUUAUUCUUAUCAUAUAACCACACAAUAUUGUUUGAAACAUUUGUUCCUUAAAAUUUGAAUCAUAUUGUACAUACUUACUGGUGUGUCAUUGUGAAAAGACUAGCUUUUUAUCAAUAUAGUAAAUGCUAUAUAUGCAUUAUAUCUAUAAUUAUAUAUCUGUAUUUUACAAAAAUGCCACAGAAAAUAUAUUAAAGUGUGUAUUCAAACACUUUUUACUACAUUUGGAAAAUUGAGGGGUUUGGGCCUUUUUCUUUUUCUCUACAACUUCAGCGAGACCAAAGGAAGUGGCUCUAAGGUAAGCUCUGAAAUUCAAAGACUUAAUAGAACAAGCUGCAACGAUAACAACUAGUCCACAAUUCUUACAAGGUUCAGUUUAACCAUCUGCUGUUGAAC